AUGAGCUCCGCAACGCCGUCUGCAUCCUCGUCGUCCGGGGCGCAUCAUAUUACAAUGCCCCCGCAGUUUAAAAUCGUCGGUAUUCUCCUCGCAGUCAUGUCGGGUGUCCUCAUCGGCUCCUCGUUUGUAUUCAAAAAGAAAGGGCUCCUUGCCAGUCAAGGAGACGGAAAGCUCGGAGAGGGCGUUGCCUAUCUCAAGUCGGCGAUGUGGUGGACAGGCAUGAUCAUGAUGAUAUUAGGAGAAAUUUGCAACUUUGCCGCAUACAGCUUUGUGGAAGCCAUCGUCGUGACGCCUAUGGGCGCGUUAUCUGUGGUCAUUUGCGCCAUUCUUUCACAUUUUUUCCUCAAUGAGAGCUUGACAACAUUCGGUGCAAUCGGUUGUGCACUGUGUAUCGUCGGUAGCGUCGUCAUUGCCCUCAAUGGGCCCAAAGAAGAAACCGUAGGACAGAUUUUAGAGUUUCAAAAGCUCUUCCUAUCUCCUGGCUUCCUUGUCUGGAGUGGUGUCGUUAUCGUCGCGUCCCUUGUCAUCAUCAUUUUCUUUGCACCAAAGUAUGGUGAGAAGAGUAUGUUGUGGUAUAUUGGGGUAUGCUCGUUGAUCGGUGGCCUUUCCGUGUCUUGCACGACUGGACUUGGAGCAGCCAUUGUCACGUCGAUCAUGGGUGACAACCAGUUUAAACAUUGGUUCAUCUACUUUCUGCUUAUAUUCGUCGCCAUUACACUGAUCACCGAAAUAUUCUACCUUAACAAGGCCCUUGCCUUGUUCAACACGGCUCUUGUAACACCGACUUAUUAUGUGCUAUUUACGAGUGCCACACUUAUAACGUCAAUCAUCCUCUUCCAAGGUCUCAAGGCCCCAGCUACAUCUAUCAUUACACUCGUCAUGGGGUUCCUCACAAUCUGCCUGGGAAUCACGCUCCUGCAAAUGUCCAAGGUCGACCCCACCUCGCUCAAGUUGGACCGCAGAUCGACGAUUCUCCUACAAGCAGCAAAGAGACCAACCGAACUCCAGGAAAAGUCGAUUACUGGCUUCGAGGAUCCCGGUAUGGAUGCCCUUCGCGGUGGUUUCGGCACCGUGGGCAGUAUCAUACGCGCUCGAAGUAUGCGCAAAUCUGUCAUGUCCCAAGGUAGCUCUUCCCCCGCGGUCGAGCAAUGGCGCCAACGACAUCCAUACGCUUCGGGUGUGGACGAGAAUGCCUCUGGCAGCGGCAUAUUCAUGCCUGACAUAAAGCGUCAUCAACUGUACGACGCACCGGUCCCACGGGACUCGACCUUUUCGAACAACACCCAAGAUGACAACGACUCGGUCCGCCCGAAGCGUGGGCACAAGAGCAUCAAGUUUGGACAAGAAGAUACACGCCAUUUCUAUCCAACCCCUGGAACGCCAGGCGUGCCGCACCACGAUUCGGUCAGGGUGAGCGACCCGUAUGCUGGCGCAUACGAUUAUUCAACCGCAAGUGGGAGCAUUAACACCUCGACGUAUUCGUCGUCACCCAACGUGAGGAACGGACCUCGCCCGCUUCCAUCCAACUCUUCUGCAUCUGCGACGGCGGGUGGCGCAUCGUCGCUCUCGAUCAAGACAUCGGGAGAUCCAUUCCAGGAUGCACCCUACCGCCAACGUGAGCGGACGAACUCGGGGUCCGAGGAAGACGAUCAAGCGGAAGAAGUGCCUCUGACGGCGUCGCUUAACAAGUCUUAUCCACAUAGCAAGCACCCAGAGGAUGAUCAAGAGGAGAGCUAUGGUCUAGUCGGGCCGCCUGCUGACGGAGUUCGUCUCGUCCAAGCUCGCCGCAAGUAG